AUGCCUGAACAAGGCAAGCGCUUGGACGGUCAGCCCUUCGAGGAAUUCGACUUCGGUGACGGCGAUGACUACAUCAUCAGAUACCAUCCCAGAGUCGACGCAGAGCGACAAGUACCUCAGGACUUUGACCAGGCAUGGUACGACGAUCGAAAACAGCGAGGCGCCUUUGGCCAGGUACCGGAAGAGGAGUCCUUCCUUCGCAAAUGGCUCUACUUUGAGCAAGACGAAGCGGACGAUGCGGAGUGGGGUCCCGUCAGACUGAUUGGAAGAGGCGGAUAUGGCAUAGUCGGCCUGUGGCAGAAACGAAAUGACCAAAAUCAGAUUGUUGACGAGCUUAUCCUGAAGCAAUCCAAGUACAACGAAGCUACCACCAACGUCGAGGCCACUGAAGCCGACCCUGCCGCGUAUCCGAGACAGCUGACCGAGGCCGUCAUCCACAGGGACAUCAACUCUCAAUAUCCUGGUGUCUCACCGCAACUGCGCGAAUACAAGUUCAUUUGUGACGACCGUCGCGGGCGGACAGGUCGAUACCGGUUUUAUCUGGAAUACUGUCCCUACGGCAGUCUGUAUCGCCUCUCCCGCCUUUACCGAUGCUGGGACACCUAUCUCCCCGAGGUUUUCAUCUGGCACCUCUUUCAUUCCCUGGCAAAGGCGUGCGAGGCUCUUCGGGAUGCUCCCCCGUACGACAGCAGAGCCAUCAAAGAGGAGUACCUCGAGAUUGUGCACCUGGAAGACUUGUUCUGCCUUCACCUGGAUUGGAAACCAGACAAUGUGCUCCUGGGAUAUCCGCACGGAGGCGAGGAGUACCCGUCCGUUCUGUUGAAUGACUACGGCCUAUCCUUGUACUCGGCUUAUCACGACUCGGAAGAACUGCGAGUGUGGAACCCAACUGAAACGUGGUGGCGUGGCACCCGUUCCCACAAGCCAACGGAACAAGCACAUUUCGGUUCGAACUGGGAGAUCCCGCCAGACGGCGGCUGGGUCAGGACUCACGAUGCCAUACGUCGGCCUCAGGAUUGGUACGGAGCUGCGCAGGAACGUGAGACAGACAACUUUGGUUCUGGUGGUGAUGUGAUCUUUGAUCACGCAUUGAAUAUCUACGGCGCCGGACAGACCAUAUUCGAUCUCGUGACACUCCGAGGCAGCCCCAAACACCUCAGCCAGAUCCGAGCCAAGACACUCGAAAGAUACCGGCGGAACGGGAACCACCAGAUCUCGCACGUCCACACCAAAACGCCGGGCGUCUACAGCAGCCGGCUCCGACACCUGAUCCGGAGGUGCCUGGACCCGGACCCGGCGAACCGCCCGUCGCAGCUCGAGCUCAUGGACCAGACGCGCCGCGGUCUCCGCCUCGCCAUCAAGCGCGCCAAACGCCACGGCAACUACCCGCCCAAGGUCUACUACCGCGGCCACGAGAUCAACGACAUGCCCCUCGGAGACGCGGGUUUUCAGCCCUCGCGCAAGGAGUUCCGCGGCCUGAUCGAGCACGCCUUCACCGACCCGGACGAGCCCAUGCUGAAACUGCCCGCGGCAAAGUACGGCGGCUUCCCUGCCGGGUGGUCCACGGCCAACUGGAAGACCCUGUACAGCCAGCGCAACCCGCACGACCGCUGGUUCAACGGGCUCGACAACGCGGCCGUCGCUGCCCGGGCGCCGCAGCCGCCGCCGCCCCCAUCGAGCAACGGCAGUAGUCACGACAGCGACGAUUCCAGUGAUGACAAUGACAACAACAACAACAACAACGGCGGCGGCGGCGGCGGGAACCCCCAGGGCCAGGGCCAGGGUCAGGGCACGAAGAGAGCCCAGCAAAAACCCAAAAAACCCCAGUUCGCUGUACAGAAUGGAAACCUGGUCAUAGCUCCGUGA